UCUGUGAAACCAGGAUCACAUUAAACACCUCUUAUUUACUUUUGUAUUUAUGAUUUAUUUGGUCCCGACCUUUUCAAUACAUCUUGUUGGUGAGAUUUUCUAUUCAGCAUGUGGUCAUGAUGACAUUUUACACUAAGGUGCCAAGUAGCUUGAGGCUGCUGGCUUUUUGUAAGGGAGAGUUUCAAUUUUUGGGAAGUAUAUCAUAAUUGACAUAAAGUGUAGUUAUUCUUUGACUUGUUUUGAUACAGUGUACUGUCCUUUUUUUACCAUCCUUUUUAUGGCUUUUUACAGAUUUGUUUGCCUAAAGUGUAGUUUUUAAAAAAUUAUGGUAAUUCUAAUGUAUAAUUAUGACCCAUUUCAAUAAAAACUUGGAUUGAAUUGGGUUAGUUUGUUUUGCCUGGUGUUUGCUUUUACUGGACGUACCAGUUCAUUGGUGCUGUUUGUGUUGCGUGAUUUUGUAAAAUGUGCGUCUACACUAAAUAUAGUUUUUCAGUGUGGAAGUAAAAAGUGUCUUGUACAUUUUGAGUGGCUGUUUGCAUCCAACUCAGGGGAGGUAUGCUUUUUUUUUUCUUCUUUUUUUUUUUCCUAACCCUAAGCCAGAAGAUUGGGUCUUGAUUUGACCAUUUAACCUGCAUGAGAAAGACUUCCAAUAUCAAAACAAAAGGAAAACUUGAAUCUUUUUCUGUUCAGCUACACCUCCUGCCCCAGCUUCCUCCCAGCAACCUGAGGCAGCUUCAGGCCCUGCUAAGCCCAAAGGCAAAAAUGCCAAGAGUGCACAGGGUGCCUCUGCCCCAAAGGCUGUCCCCGGCAGAAGAAAGCGUUCCUCUAUGUCUGCCUCUUCCUCUUCUCCUACCUCGCCAAAAUCGACUCCCUCCUCUACUCCAUUGUCACCUUUGCCAUCUCCCCUUGCUGCCUCACCUGGCAGCUCCUCUGCUAAUCAGGGUAACCGUUUGGGCCCAAAAGUUGUCAAGGCUGGCAAACAGGGUAAGGCUAGAAAGGGAGAGGCAUUUGUGCCUGCUCCUGUACCCGAGUGCAAGGCCACAGGAGUUGAUGAAAAGCCAACAGAGCCUAGCCUUAAGCAUAAUGUAGCUGAUGAUGCUAAACCUGCCCUGAGUGAGACAAAAACCCCAUCACCAGGUGCGACUAAGGCUGAUGCAGUGCCACCUGCUUUUAAAGUUACCUCAAAGCCUGCUGUUGCAGCACCAGUAUCAUUUUCAGAUACUAUUGCCUCUAGUCCUCCUAAGUCAGUUGAUGGUAAAGCAACCUCAUUGAAAAAUGCUCCACUUAUUGCAUCUGUUGACGAUGAGCUCCCUCCCCUUAUCCCACCUGAGAAGCCAGUUAAAAUGCCAGCUUGUGCAUCUCCUGUUGAGAAACAAGGUACAAAGCCUGCUUCAUCUCCUAAGCCUAAUGCUGAGAGCUGCAGUUCUGCUCCUGUUGAGGCUACAAAGACACCACUUAAACCAAAGGCAGACAAGCCAAAGCCUGUUAAGGUUGCUGAAGCAGCAACCCCAGUAAAAUCAGCUCCCACUGAAGUUACUAAGGUGUCUUCUGAAAUAUCAGCUGUAGCUGAUGUCGCUAAACAAGCUCCUGUCAAAGCUCCUAAAGCAGGUUCCAAGACUAAAGCAGCAAACCCUGGCAAAGUUGAGGAGGUUGUGGUGGAAACCCCAAGCAAGCCUGCUCCUACCCAGACUGCUAAGCCAGCUCCUGAGGCCAAAACUGCUUCUGUUGAGGCUGCUGACAAAGCUCCUAAUAAAACUAAACCGCCUGCCAAGGAAAAACCUGCUCCUGCAGAAACUAAGCCAGUAGCUGAGGCCAAACUUGUGCCUACUGAGACCACUAAGCAGGCAGCGGCCGAGGCCAAACCUGCUCCCAUAGAGGCCAGUAAGCCAGCAACUGUAGACAAAGCCUCAAAUGUAGCUAAACCACCCGCGAAGGCCAAACCGGCUCCCCCAGAGAGUGCGAAGGCAGCGGCCGAGGCCAAACCGGCUCCCCCAGAGACUGCUAAGCCAGCGGCCGAGGCCAAACCGGCUCCCCCAGAGACUGCUAAGCCAGCGGCCGAAGCCAAACCUGCUCCUUCAGAGACUGCUAAGUCACUGAUUGAAGCCAACUCUACAACCACAGAGGCCACUAAGGCAGCCAAAUGUCCCUCCAAGAAGACACCUAAGCCAGUGGCUGAGGUCAAAUCUGUCCCCAACAAGGUUCCUAAACAAGCUGAAGAGAUUAAAACUGCAGCUCCUAAGGCUGCAAAGCCAGAUGCAGAGGUCAAGUCUGCACCUGCUGAUGUUAACAAGAUAGCUGCAGCACCUAAGCCAGCUGAAGAUGUCAAGCCAGCCAAAGUGGUGGAUGUUAAUGCAGCACCAGCUGAGGUUGCUAAACCUGUAAAACCAGUUGCAGACCCUUCACCUGCUCCCUUAAAGCCCACUCCAGUUGAGCCUGCUGUUCCUAACCCAGCUCCCCGUAAACUCACGUUUGCUGAGGCAGUUGCAAAACCUGCCCCUGUUAAACCUGAGGUUGAGUUAAUUACUUCAACUCCUCCUCAACCUGUCUCGCCACCCAAACCUGCCCCCACACCUGCUAAAACCCCAGCCAAGAUGGAGCCUGUGAACGACAAGAACGACAAUGGUAUUUCCUCCUUUCUCUCCUCUUGUGCCAUCUGUUUGUUUUGGUUUUUUCCCCCACCUGUUAGCGUUCUGAAAGAUGUUCAGAUGCUUAAAUAUGCCUUUCUCUUACAAAGGUUAGCUUACGAAAUAAAAAUUAGGUUUGCUUUAGAUGCUAAAAUAUAAGAUGCUAUUAGAUUUUGGCAAGUGUGCUCCUGGUUUUGGAAUGCAUUAGUUCUGUUGGGUACUGUUUGUCUAAAAUGUAGUGCAGGUCAGGGCUGGUAUUGUCAUGUGUUGUCUAAUCAAGUUUGGAAAUGGCUUUUUUGGCCGGAAAAAGAUUGUUUUCAACAAAGUCCUGAGGAAAAUUACUAUAAUGGUAAUAAGAUGCCAGAAAAUGUGCUGUUUUGAAUUGAAGUACUUUGUUCCACAACAUUGGUGCAGCUUACCUUCAGAUUAACUUUCAGGUGUACACAUGUAACCUAAGUGGCACAUUGUGACAGUUUCUCUCUCUUGGUGGUCU